AUGCGCACUUUUGAGACGCUCCCUAGGGUGGAACCCGGCCUAGGCACCGGCUUUGCCGGCGGGCGGGGGCGCGGAGUGGGGAGCGCGCCGGGAAAGGCCAGCACUUUAGCGACACUCCCUAAGUCGCGGGCGGCCGGCCCGAGCCACCACUGGGCGCCGGGCGGGCGGGGGAGCGCCCUACGGCGGGCGGGGGCCGGGGGGCGGGCCGCGCCGAGCCGAGAAAAGCGCCGGCCGGAGGGCCUGCCGCCGGGCCGCCUGGGUGAGCGUGCCGAGGCGGCUGUGGUGCAGGCUUCCAGGUGGGUGAGGAUACCCGGGCAGAGCGGGAGUUCGCGCUGCGGGCGAAGGGCCGGAGGCCCCUACCCCAGCCUCGCCGCUCCAUCCGGCGGGCGAGCCGCGCUGGACGCAGGGGCGGGGCCGGGGCCCCUCAACUUUUCCCGGACCCAGGGCGUCGGUAGCGGCCGCCUGACGCCCGGGGCUCGGCCAGAGUGA